ACGCUUCAGAGGAAAGGACGUCGCAUUUGUCUUAAAACAUAUUUCCUCAUUUUCACUUUCCUCGCAUGGUUUCUUAAAGACGCAAGUGAGGGAAACGUGGAUGCAAUUAAGAGACUCGGGAUUUACCCUAGGAGGUUUGGGACUUUUCGACCACUGCCUUAAACUUUAGCGAUCGCGUGGUAACGUCAGAACGCAGCGUACGCUGCUAACCUACGCUCCACUACGUUGCUGACGUGUUGGUAGGGAAGUGGCUGUUGAGCUGUCAGGAGCUAGCGUUGCAUCUAUAGUAGCCGCUAACACUUAGCUCUUCAUUGCAAGUCUUUGUCAUAAACUGACCGCUAUGAAAUCAUCUGAAUUGGUACUUUGUUAACUACCUGGUCAAAUAACAACGGAAGACACACCGGACCGAUUGCACAAGUGUUGUAGAUGCAGCAGUUUUAUGAAGAAGUGUGAGUGACUUGCACAACAACAAUGGGGAAGAGGAGGGUGCCAGAUCUGUACAGAGCCCCCUUUCCCUUAUACUCCAUCAAAGUGGACCCUACAACAGGGCUGGUGAUCACAGCAGGGGGAGGGGGGGCUUCCAAGACGGGCAUAAAGAAUGCUGUGCACUUCCUGGAUCUCCGGCUGGUUGGAGAGCACCAGUACAGUGCCAGCCUCCUUCACUCUCAUGACACAGACACCCGCGCCACCAUGAAUAUGGCUGUAGGUAACGGUGUGAUUGCUGCAGGACAGGACGGGACCUGCUGUCUAAUGAAGUUCAAACACUGCUCACAGAGGGAAGAAGGCAAAGAUGCAGCUAAAGGUGCAGGGAACCGCGUGCAGCAGGGGAAUGCCAGGAGACGAGCUGGGAAAGGAGACAAAGGUGGACAGGAUGAAGCUGCAGGAUCUGGAGAUAUGUCAGAUAUGAAGGAUGAGACCGCUUGUAUCUCUGUGACUGGUUUGGCUGAAGUGCAGUCAGAUCUCAACCCCCAGGAUCCGCUACAGAAGGUGGUUAGGUUCAGUCCUGACCUAGGCCUUCUGCUGACAGGUGGCACAGACGGACACAUACGAGUCUGGGAGUUUCCAUCCCUGAAGAAGAAAUUUGACUUCAAAGCUCAUGAAGGGGAGAUUGAAGACUUGGACUUGAGUCCAGGAAACAAGCACCUCGUGAGUAUUGGCCGUGACUUUUCCUGCAGUGUAUGGAGUGGCAACCAGCUGGCAAUGGGUCUGAAAUGGCUUGAAACCAUGCCUCAGAUAGCUGAGAAGACUUAUCGCUAUAUGGCUUGCAGGUUUGGAAAGUUAGAAGACCAAAAAGACGCCCUGAGACUUUACACAGUUCAGAUCCCUCAUAAGCGAGACAGAAAACCUCCACCUUGCUACCUCACGAAGUGGAAUGGCAAGAGCUUUCUUCCCAUGCUGACGGCUUCCUGUGGCACUGAGGUCAUCUCCAGUCUAGCUGUCAGUGACUCUGGAACAUUUCUUGGCCUUGGAACUGUGACAGGUUCAGUGGCAAUCUACAUCGCUUUCUCCCUCCAGAAGCUGUAUUACGUACAGGAGUCCCAUGGCAUUGUUGUGACGGACCUGGCCUUCCUGCCUGACUCUCUGAAGGGCAAAAAUAUCAAAGGGAAUAAUGAAACAGCCAUGUUGAGUGUAGCUGUGGACAGCCGCUGUCAGGUGCAUGCUGUCCCCAACCGAAGAUCCUUUUCUAUCUGGCUAGUGCUGUCCCUCUGUGGCCUCGUGGUGAUGGGACUCGUUCUCCUCUUACAGUACCUCUUUCCAGGAUUUAUUUAAAACAUGCAAAUGUUGCCACAGGUCAGGGUUGAUAGAGGUUGGACACAUCCUCACAUGACUUACUUUGCCACUGUCAACAUCAGCUGUCCUUAGUCUAACAUCCUAACGUCCCAGUGCUGCAUCACAACUCCAAGUUGAGCCAAUGAAAGCUCUUCAGGCUACAGCGCUGACGCUGAAUAGCUGACAUUGUCCUCCUCAGCACUACCUCAGGGUUUUUCUUCUCAAACCUGUUAACCCAGUGGAGUCAAACCAGGACAGACUGUGGGAUUUUAUUUGCUUUAAUCUCUAUCAAUUAUUUUUGAUUUAUGUUGAUGAGUUGAAGGGCUCAGGUUCAUGAAUAUUAAAGGAUGGGAUCUUUUUAUUGCCAUUAUUUAAGGAAACAUAUAAAAUAUUGAAAUGAUUGACACAUAAUGUGUCUGGUUUUUUUUCUACACAUAGAAACUUUGAAUUAGCCAUUAGCCUCCGUGAUUAACUGCUUUUUAUGUGUUUAUCAAUUUAUUUCAUGGUGAGUCACCAAGACUAGAUUUACAGUCCUCUGGUAAAGGACUGCCGAUAUAAUGUUUACCAUGUUAAAACUUUGAUUUGUCUCAUGACAUUGGGUUUUUAUUUCAAACAUAAAGCUACAUGUUUUGACUUUGAAAUGGUUGCCCAGUGUUAACUAUACAUUUCAACACAAAUGUACAACACCAUCUAUAAAUUGAUAAUUAUUUGAUAUUAUUAAAAGAAAAAAGAAAAUAGAAGUGAAGUUGCUAUAAGCACAUAAAAAGCAGGUAGGUGUGUAAAGUUAAUGAAAAUGUCAUUACAGCAAAAGAGGGAACUCUCUUAUUUUAUAAAGACAUUUGUAUGAAACAUUCUGCUUGAAAAUAUUGCCCAGCAAAUGCAUAAAAAUGUGAAUGCCCAUAUUAUUGUAACCAACACAAGGAAAUGAUUGAAGAAAUAAAAUAUUAAUAAGAAAACUA